AUGGCAAGGGACAUUGACGUGUCGAGUUUCCAUUUGACGGUAGCGCCUUGGAAAUUACCCUCUGCUCUUCGCAAGGAUGACAGCUGGACAAAAACUCUUCACGACCGAUUCGACCACACUGAGCACCCUCUAACCACCACCACCACCACCACCACCACGCCUUUUACUUCGGGAACAGGAAGCUCGACAGCUUCUACUUCGGCUGUGGGGACAUCUACUACAACAACAGGCGAGCUUGCCCAUGUGGAAGACGUACCUGACCAUCGCCUGCAGAGGCUGCGGCUGCGUGUCUGCAUCGAGCGGAGAGCAAGAGCUUCUUCGACGCAGAGUCGACAGGUUCGUGUGGGAUAUAUGUCCACGACUACGGUGGUGCUGCUGCCGCUGCGGCGCGCGCUUCAAGUCCCUGAAGCGGCUCAUACUCUGCUCCGGGAGACGGACAAGACCUCAGGGCGGACAUGGGAAACUUGCAAGGUCCAGUAUGGGUUGAUAUAUCGCAAGCAACAAGCCCGUCUACUGGUCCCCCUACUUUACGAAUCCCGUCUCCAACCAAGAAAUAUCAGCCUGUUCUUUCUCAUGGUGUCAUCUUGCACGCGCGCUCGCCGCGGCGGACCAUCGAGUGGGACAACUAUCGACGACUUCAAGAACGCCCUGACGAAGGGCAUGCGAGGCAUCGACCCAUCGAGGUAA